AAAAUGUAUAUCUUGUUGUUUUGCCAAAAAAGGUCAAGGUGAGAAGACAUGCAGAGAAUACUGGAUACUAUGACACUUGAGCAAAGUACACUUCUGGUUUUGAAACUCCCAAGAGCUGAGUAGUGUUGACCUCACAACAAACAUGAGUUCAUUUACACUCAUCAACCACAAAUAUUAAUUUUGCACCCUGAACACAAAUGUACCAAUUUAGUGCAGGGCUUGUGCUGCUGAUAAAGAAGUGUGAAAACACGAAAUAAUGCAUACAGGAAUAGGUGUGUGUGUGUAUGCCUCUGUCGGUGCUGCCAAACUAUUUGAGUUUGUAGAAGAGGAACACUAGUGGAGGAGACAUUGUGAGACAUUCGUGUUUCUAUUGUCACUUUAGUUUUGUGAGUCAGUUUAGCGUGAACACAUUGAGAAUGCGGCUGUUUGUUGCGAGCGUCGUCUUUGUGCUGCUGGCACUGAAUUUUCCAGGCAUCGUCUCUAAACUUGAGAACACACUUAAUAAAUGCGGUGACUUCAUUUUGAAUAAAAUGUCUCCGGUUAUUCCAGGGAUUCUGGAGAAUUCAGUCACGCUGAAGGAUUGUUAUAAAAUAAUCUGUCAAAAAUAUAAGAAUAAGAUCAGGUUUGUGACGCUUUAUGACACAGAAAACAAGAUUCCUGUUUUCUCUGCUUACAAAUACACCGGGAUAACGAAGUUCAGAAGACCACAGAUUCCUUGGAUGAUUGAGUCACAGCUUGAACCUUCAGGUGCUGAAAUGCGGGUGCCAUUUGUCACACAAGCUAGAAAUGGAGACUACUUGAUAAAUAAUACCUAUAACUAUAUCCCUGGUGCCUUAUUUCCUAUGAAUCACACAGCUGACAGAGAAACUGCUGAAUCUACAUUAACACUGACCAACAGUGUGCCAGUGAAACAAGGCUUCAGGGACAGACUUUGGAAUCUUGUAGAAGAAACAACUAAGAGAUACAUGGACAGUAACUGUACUGAUCACAAUAAAAAAAACAUUGUUGCAUAUGUGCUGACAGGAGCUAUACCUGGUAAUGAAAAGUUGAAUAACAGAGUCAAUGUUCCAUCAUAUAUGUGGACCGCAUUCUGCUGCAAGAAUAAAACACAAGGAUCAUGGGUGUCUAAAACGUACUGGGGCAAAAACAUGCAUUAUAAAAAUGUUAACAACAUCACGCUCCAGAGCCUGCAGGAGUUACAGAACUUCCUGAAAGAAAAUUUUUCGAAAAACAUUAAGCUGUUUAAUAACUGUGGGUAAAUCUAAAAACUGCCCUCUUCAUUCAGGUCAGUGCUGAUAAGAUCAGGUGUCUGAGGAAGCAGAAUAAAAUAUAAAUGAUUAUUUACUCUGUUUAAAGGAUUAAAGGUUACUUCUUUAAAAAAUGUUACUCUUUCAACUAUAUAGCUUUUUAGAGAAACUAUAUAUUAAAGCAAAUAUUUGUUAGCAAAUGCAAAAAAAAUGUGUGUAACUGCCAUCUUUAAUAAAGUUUGCAAAUGAGAUUUAGAUGUCAGAAUCUUUUGUGUGUGUGUGUGUGUGUGUGUGUGUGUGUGUGCGUGUGUGUUAAGCCAGGACUAAGCCUUAGUUCAAUUAGGAAAUAUAAUUAGGUGUUACGUAACACACAUGCCUUAUUAAAAACAUUACUAUAUAGGGCACUGAUAAGAUAUGUCAGUGCAAGUUGUUUUUUAGUUUGGAGUCUUGGACAGCUCUUCAAUUUAUUUUAGUCUAGGACUAGUCUAAUCCCUGUCUGGGAAACUCUCCUACUAAUACAAGUCAUUUUUGAUCCUUUAGUUAAGGAAUAGAAUAUAAAAGGUUUGUAUACAAAACGUAGUGAACAGGCUAGUCAAAUCUUAAAUACUACAGAUGAAACAUCAUGAAAACCUCUAAACUUAUGCCAGCCCUCCGCUUCACUCGCAGCGUUUCACACAACAACACCUUCCUUGCAAACAACAACCACUCUGUCCUUUCAUCCGGACCAGCCCCGCACUCUUUCCGCCCGCUUCCUAGCGGUCGCCGGAUCAACGAGGCCUGCGGACUCUUCAGAGGCUGGUGUUGUUGCUUUGCCCAAGACGGAAGUGAA